UCCUGAAGACUAAGUGGGGAAGCUUGCUGGGAACCGGGGCUGGCAGGGAAAGGCAAGAAGGAAAAUACUGUCUUCGAGGGGCAAUCCACACAGUCCAGUUGGACUCGGGACAUUCAGGAGAAGCACAGGCUUAGAUCUUCUGGAUGGAGCAGCCAGGUCUGAGCGAUGGCCGAGAAAUUGGGAAAUAAGCCUGAGGCCGAGUGUCCCGUCUGCUGGAACUCAUUCAACAAUACCUUCCGGACCCCCAAGGUUUUAGACUGCCGCCACUCCUUCUGCAUUGAAUGCCUGGCCCACCUGAGCUUGGUCUCUUCCUCCCGGCACCGGCUGCUGUGCCCCCUCUGCCGCCACCCUACAGUCCUGGCUUCAGACCGGCCGGUGACUGACCUGCCCACAGACGCUGCUGUCCUUACACUGCUCCGCCUGGAGCCCAAGCACAUCAUCCUCGAGGGCCGGCAUCUCUGCUUCAAGGAUGAGCGCAAGACCAGAUACUUCUUGCGCCAGCCCAGGGUCUACACUCUCAACCUGGGGGCUGAGCCAGAGAGCCAGGCGGGCCCAGCCCAUCAGGGUUCAGCGCCCCCUGCCCCUGUGCCGGUACCCAGCCACUUGUCCCUGCGAGAGUGCUUCCGGAACCCUCAGUUCCGCAUCUUUACCUACCUGAUGGCUGUCAUCUUCAGUGUUGCCUUGCUGUUAAUCUUCUCCAUCUUCUGGACUAAACAGUUCGUCUGGGGUGCAGGGUGAGACAUGGGCCCCCGGGGCCAAGGCAAGGACCACAAGCCAGUCAAUACAGGGAGUUCUGGGAGGGCCAGGCUAACACGGACUCAUUGCUACUGGAGAGACCCCCUCUCCCACUUUCCAGAUGGAUGGGAGAGCAGCUGAGCCCAGACCUAGUGCCAUUCUUCUGCAGCAUGUGGUCCUAUCACAAUCUAGGAGUUGGUAGUCUAUUUACUACUAAUGAGAACGUCUGAGAACUGAGGGGGCUAAGAAGGGACCAAGGUGCCAUUUUUCCAAGGAUGCUGAAAUGGGAUUCCAGUUCUUUGUUGCUGAGGGGUGCAAGGAAGGUAUACCUCCAAAAGCUACCUCAGAGGGCAAAUCAAUAAUUGUCCCCCUGACUAUGAUGGAGAAGCAGGUUAGUGACAACAGAUGGAAACAUUUGGGAGCCUGUAUGUGCUACAACUUGGCUUCAGACCCCAAAGUAGGUCACCUUUCCCCUGAGCCCCUCCCAGCUUCAGUCUUGGUUGUCCCAAGUUGUUUUCUCUUUGA